GUAGACAUACCCAUAGAGAGAGCAGGGAACCAACUUUUAAGCUAGCUUUCCACAUGUAUUGGCUCCCACCUGCUGCUCCCAAGGAUCCGGACCCGGAGCCGCAUGUAACCAUUUGUGAAACUGAUAAGCUCAUGCUUACCUGUUACCCAUGUAAACAGUUACACUCUUACAUCCAAAAUGUCCAUAUGCUUAUGAGGUCUUAUACUGCAGUCAGCAAAAAUGGAUUCUCAGGAAGUAACAGAGUUGCAGCAAGAAGUGAUAGAGGAGUUGGGGAUCUCUAUGGAGGAGCUCCAGCAAUUCAUUGAUGAGGAGCUGGAGAAGUUUGAGAGUGUGAAACAGAGGAAACAGCAGCUGGAAGAGCUGGAAAAAAGUGUGGAACAGAAAGAAGCAGAAGUGGCAUAUGUUGACCAGCUCUUCGAUGAUGCUUCAAGAGCCAUUGGUAAAUGUGAGAUACUGGUAAAAGAUCUCUACUCCAAGCUGGGCCUUCAGUAUCGUGAGAGCAGCUCUGAAGAUGAAGAUUCAGCCUCCAAGCCCAUGGAAGUGAUCGAAAUCCCAGAUGAGGAUGACGACGAUGUUAUGAGUAUUGAUUCGGGUUGGAAGCGCAGUGAUGCAAGUAACAGACUCUCAAAGGAUCAGACACUGCUUCGAGAAGCCAUGGCUGCAAUGAGGAAGUCUGCCCAAGAUGUUCAGAAAUUUAUGGAAGCAGUUAACAAAAAAACAAAUGCCCAGGACCCGCAAAAAGAUGGGCUGUCCUCUCCCCCGAGCUCUGUUGCGGGAUCCCAGCAGGUGGGCUCUGGCCUUGCUGGGGGUGACCUCAGCAAUGAUGGUGACCUGGUGGUCGGUAUGCGUAUCCUAGGCAAGAAGCGGACCAAGACGUGGCACAAAGGAAUUUUGAUUGCAAUCCAGGCAGUAGGUGCUGGGAAGAAGUUCAAAGUGAAAUUUGACAACAAGGGGAAGAGUUUGCUUUCUGGCAAUCACAUUGCGUAUGACUAUCAUCCCUCUGCCGAGAAACUCUAUGUUGGAAGCCGGGUUGUGGCAAAAUACAAGGAUGGAAAUCAAGUCUGGCUCUACGCUGGCAUCGUGGCUGAAACACCAAACAUGAAGAAUAAAUUGAGGUUCCUGAUCUUCUUUGAUGAUGGCUAUGCGUCUUAUGUCACCCAGUCGGAGCUGUACCCCAUCUGCAGGCCACUAAAGAAGACCUGGGAAGAUAUAGAAGAUGUUUCCUGUCGUGAUUUCAUAGAGGAGUACAUCAGUGCCUACCCAAACCGUCCCAUGGUGUUGCUCAAGAGCGGCCAGCUUAUUAAAACAGAAUGGGAAGGGACCUGGUGGAAAUCCAGAGUGGAGGAAGUGGAUGGCAGUCUGGUCAAAAUCCUCUUCCUGGAUGACAAACGCUGUGAAUGGAUUUACCGGGGUUCCACACGCCUGGAGCCUAUGUUCAGCAUGAAAACCUCAACAGCCUCCACUCUGGAAAAGAAACAAGGAGGGCAGAUGAGGACUCGUCCUAAUGUCGGUGCCGUGAGGAGCAAAGGGCCGGUGGUACAGUACACGCAAGACUUAACAGGAACCAGCUCCCAGUUUAAACCUAUCGAACAAAUCCAGGCCAUAUCUCUAGCUGCACAGCCUGCUUCCCCCCCACCUGCUGAAAUGGAGCAUUGGCCCCCUGCUGCUUUGCAUUCUUCAACUUGGACUGACCGGCUCAUGGACCUCACUGACUUACGAGGCACUGAGAAUUCAGACUCAUGGGUUGGUCUUGAUGGUCACGGAGCAGACCUGAUCAAGUCACUCUCCAACCAAAUCCAUCAUGCACCUUCCACCACCGGAGGCACGAGUUGGACGCUGUCAGAGGCACAUCCUAGUGCCGGAGGAGGACUUGGUGAAGGAGAAGAGCCACAUUGCAAUGGAGAUUGUGGGGUGCAGAAUGCAAGAUUUCCUGAGCACGUGUGUUGGGACUUCAGGAUAAACUUCCUCAGAGAAAAGGAGACUGUCCCUGUUCACUUUUGUCACCACUGCGGAUUUCCCAUCAGGAUUUAUGGACGCAUGAUUCCCUGCCUACAUGUCUUCUGCUCGAACUGUGCCACUUUGCAUGGGGAAAAGGGGACUAAGAUGUGCCCCACCUGUAGCGAACCUGUGCAGCAAGUUGAGCAGUACACACGAGAAUCUUUCCAGACGUAACGGCAUGCAAGUAACACGGUCUGCUCCACUGCCUGUAACCCUGAACGCCAGUGUAACAUGAAUUCUUCUGCCCUGAACGUAGCGGCCAAUUGGUUAAUGCUCUUGUACACCACUCUAAUCCUAACGCUUUCCCAAGGCUCGUGAAUCUAAGCUGUAGUUUCAUUCUUUCACUGUGGUCAUGUAAAGGGAGAGUCCUACCUACUCCCACACGGUGUCCCCUCCGCCUUGAGGAAUGCCAAACUUGGCGCCUUGUUCUCCACUUCCAGGGCAAUGUCCAAACAAGAUCUAGACUUUCUUGCUGCCAUUAAAGUAACUCAAACUGAGGAGACUACGGGAAUGAUAGUUGACGAGAAGUCUGUUACACUAAACUGCAAGUUACAGACCCCCUCUAGCUGUCUCAUCUGCACUCUUGUGUUAAAGAACAGUCAUUGCAGUGUGUGCAAGGCAUGCUGGGGUCUUAAAUCAUAUCUAUAUAAUAUAAUAAAUUUUAAGAUCCUGUCUUCAAAGCACAUAGUCCAAGCUACUUGUAUGGAACUAAAGCUGCUGUUCUAAGCCCCUUCAUCUGUAGUGUUGCAGACGGCUGCCAAGACAAUUGCUUCUAGUAUAAACUGAGUCCUCCUUCAAGUAUUGCUGCUGUUCGAAGGGAUAUGAAGCCCCGAAAGUCAGCUGGCUCAGUCCAGAAAGCAAGUGGCCAAGAA